AUGCAACAACUUCCUCUCGAGUGUCUUAACGCUGUGCAGUAUCGAGCUUUUUGGGAGAAUACAGAAAACCCUACACUCCUAAAAUUUUUGAACUUUCGACUCUCCGCCGGCGAUCUGGGAGAUAAAAAAACGGAAUAUAAUCGCUACAACAACGAGUUAAAUACAAUAAGUAAAUACUACGUAGAAAUGUCUGAAAUGGGACAAGAGAAAGCAAAAUGGAAGGAGCACUUUGGUAGUCAUGGUAGCCCGAGUACAUCGACUACCCUGCAACCCUUCGUGUUUGCAGUGGGAACGUCCUUCGUGCCUUGGGAACGUCCUUCGUGCCUGUCGGUGAUUAACAUUCAACGGACUACCUUGGGACCCUUCGUGCUCGCAAUGGGAAAGGCUGUGCUUGUCCGUGAUUGUCCUAUGACUACCAAUUCUUAUAUGUGUGAUAAGGCACCAUACGUCAGUACGCAAGCGAGAAUGGCGGAAGAGAAAUCGAGGGCUGAAAUUCGAAUGUUGCAGGCGGCCCAACACGUAACUAUAGCCACAGUUACAACAGAUCAAGUUCAAAAAUAUGCUAAAUCAACUACUACCAAAAUCUCGAAGAAAUUCCUUGAUGCCAGAACUUAUGAGGAAAGUGAUUACAAUUAUAAUACCGAAAAUAAUCAUUUAUUUUUAUCAGAUGAAAAAUCGUCAAAUGUCUCUACCCAAGAUAAAUUCUCUCCCAUUGAUAAAUCAUCCGAUGAUGAAUUUGAGGAUGAUGGAGUCCAUGUUGAUUACAAGAUCGAUGAGAUUAAUAGUGAUGAUAGUGGAGAAUUUCCCAACAGCCUAUUAGGUAAAAAUGAUACGAAAGAUGCACUAACCAAUACCACACGCGAGACUAUAAAACCUGCCUUGAAACAGAAGUCAAGUGAGAAAGAAACAAUCAUAGGUGCUGAGAAUCCGUUUUUUGUAUAUGAACACGAUUCGAACGGUGCAACCGUUAAUCAGGACGAGAAAAGUACUCACAAGCGGUUAUUUUCUGAGAUUGGUGAUGACUUACCUUCAUCCCAUAUAAUGACGGUAAUGGAAAAAUACCGUGCAAAAUCAACAACCUCAAAAUACGA